AUGGGUUGCUGCGGUGCGCGUCGCAGCGAGGACGACGAUCUCGCCCAUGUCAAGGCACAGCAGAAAUGGGACUACAUUACCUUGUCAGACUUCAGCUCGACUUCCUGCUUCGCUCCUUUUUCCUACAUCAUUCUCUACCUGACCAUCUUCAUUUCGAUUGCGGUGUACGGAGUUGACACCUUUACCGCGAUCAAUCUGCUGGCAUUCUCGCGUUGGGCGUCUCAAAUCAAACCAAGGAUCCCCUUUGAUAUCUCGAAAUGGAUUUUCGCCGGUUGCAUCAUCCUUUCCUUCGUACUCCUUGCCUAUCGUUGGAUCCGUGCCGUUCGGGUCAUCAAGUCCGGCGGUGUUGCUCAGAGUUAUCUCGAUCCGAUUGCCGUCCGUAUUCAGAGUACGCGAAUGGGAAGCAACGGGCAAGGCUAUCGCCGAUUCUUGGUCUUUGCCGAGUUGACAAAGAGUAAGAAAGGAGCAGACUACGUGGCGUUGUUUACUUACUUCAAUUUCGAAGCCUGGCUACGAGUCAUCUUCGCGGAAGGCCCUCGUCAAGUCAUCAAUGGAAUAACUCUUUACUCUGUCAUGGAGUUGAAUCUAAUCCCCACAGGGGAGAACGCCGCCCCCGAGGGCACCUCCCCGGUGAUACAGUUCUUCAACAACGUCGAGGCAUUAGCUGAAAAGGACAAACUCCAGGCCACCAUCUUAUUUGCCAUGCUGUUCACCUUCGUCAUCUGGGUCCUGUCGAUAUUGAGUCUGGCCUUGUCGUCCAUAAUGUACCUACUCUUUUUGUGGCACCAUAUCCCGACCGAAGAUGGAUCUCUCAAGGCUUACUGUCGCCGCAAGAUUGACACACGACUCGAACGCAUUGUUAAACGAAAAGUCAACAAGGCUCUAGCCAAGGGACUUGCGCUGCAAGACCGGAAAAUGGCUGACCUGGAAAGUGGCUCGGAGAGUGUUAAGCGACAACCAACAUUGCCCACAUUGGACUACAUGAGUACAACUUCGGCAUCGGACGCGCCACCAAUGCCAGGCCUUUCCCGCCAGACCACUGCGACUACUUUGCCUCCAUACUCUCGAGCACCUCCCUCCGGAUCCGCUGUACAACUGGGAUUGGACCGAGAACCAGCGUUGCCUGAUAUGAAGUGGGAAAAUCGUGGCCCGCCGAUGGGACCUCCGCCACCAGGGAGCCGGAUAUCUGAUGAUACCAUAUCAUUGGUAGAUAACGCCAGCGGGUUUGCGAACACCGCACCCUUUGAGCCGUUAUCCAUCGAACGACACGGGACUCCCUUUUCUGCUGCGAGCGAUUUUAGGCCGUUCAUGGACCAAGGAAGGCGAACUCCGGGCCCACCGUCUGCGGCUUCAUUUGGACGGCCACCUCCAAGGAUGAAAACUCCCGGCCCGCGAGAGGGCUAUAAUUUCGCAAGACCGCCAAUGUCAGCUACUCCAGGACCGGAGCGGUCGGUGACAGCCCCAGCCCCAAGUGCAACGCCGCGUCCUGGCUCCUACCGCAACUUUACUCGGCCAUGGCCAGCCCCAACCCCAAUACAAAACCAACUUCCUAGGCAAUCACCUAUGCCUCAAACCCUAGAUGGAUUUUCGUCGCCUCGACGCACCGGGACCGCCCCGUCGUCGGGCGAUUCCCUAUCCUUCAAUCCCAAUCAUCGAUUUUAA